CCAAGAUGGCAGCCCCCAUGAUCCAAGUUAUGUUUUUCUAUGAAAGUGCAAUUUGUACCUCCAGAUAGGAUAAACAAAUACUGUAAAGCUAAGCAGUAGAAUUGAACACUAAUGCAGUUACAAAGAACCAUUAACCAACCUACCAUUGGAAAGAAAUUAUGGAGAGAGACAUAACUGUUGUGAGUUAUGACGAUGCUGUCAAGAAACUUACUGAAGAAUAUUCCUGUUUUGAAAAAGUAACAGCAAUACAACAUGUAGCACUUCACCCGAAGUUCAGCCAGAAGCUACGUACAGGAGUGAAAACUUAUUUGGACACACAAUUGAGACUUUAUUCUAAUAAACUAAAAGGCAUAGUGGUUGCCUAUAGCAACAUAAAAAGAGUAAAGGAAUACGGUGCAAUAGUGGAUGAGCAAGCACACCUCCAUUAUGAUAUACAAGCUGACUAUAUUGUUUUCAAACCUAAAAUUGGGAGCAUAUUAAAGGGUAUGGUAAAUAAGAAUGGACAAGACCACCUCGGUCUACUGGUACAUAACUGCUUCAAUGUCUCAAUACCUAAACCUAGAAACGCUGUGAAUGGUUGGGAGGGUUCAUGUCUCGCUCUUCUCGACGAAGUUCUGCUUGAGGUUACGAGUCUUAUGACAUCACAUCGCGGGAUUGUCUCCAUCAAGGGGAAAUUAGUAGAUGCAAGAUUGACCCAGAAUACUAAUGCAGCUCGGAAGCGGGACCAGGCUUUGUCAUUGGUGACAACAGUCAAAUCUGAAUAUAGCCCUAUAGAUGGCACUGAUGGUGACCUACCCGAUAUAAAGCCCCCUGUUGUUGGUAACAAUAACAACACAAUGGACAAUAAAGACAGCCAAUCUUCUAAGAAGUCUAAGAAAGCUAAGAAAAGAAAGAGGGAGAGCGAAAAUGAAACAGACUAUAGUUCACUUCAAGAAAGUAGUGAUUCAAGUAUGAGAAAGCGUAGAAAGAAAAAUUCUGUGGAAACUGUUACCAACAUCAAAAUGGAACCAGUGGAAGAAGAAAUCAAUUCUUCACUGGAUAUCAGUUUGAACAAUAGCAAGAAGAAAAAGAAAAGUAAGAAACAUAAAAAAGAUAAAUCUAUUAAACAAGAAGUUCUAGAUCCCGAUUUUCUGGACAAUACUGCAAAUGAUACCAGUUCACCAGUUGUUGAUACAACCAUUGAUAUGACCAUUAAUACGACCAUUGAUACAACCAUUGAUACGACCAUUGAUACAACCAUUGAUACGACCAUUGAUACAACCAUUGAUACAACACCAAGUAGGAAACAUAAGAAAAAGAAAAAAAUUAAAGAGGAAUUAAACGCAAGUUUUAUUGUCCCGGACCAAAGUUUUGGCAUGGACAAUUCCACAUUGGAUUCAAGUAGCUCAAAAAAGUCUAAGAAAAAACGUAAAAAGGACAAGAAAAACAAGGACAGUGUCAGCGAAAGUGAAUUAAACUCACAAAGCAGUAGUAAAAAAUGAUAUAAAGAAAAUACAUAUCCUUGACCUCCUUCUCUACUUAUCACUGAACACAACUUUUGGUAAAUCAUUGAUUCAAACUGAGUAAAAUGCACUUUAAACAAUAUUUUUUCAUUUUUUUUUCAUUUAAUUUAUUGUUACAACUUAAACUGUUCAUUCUUAGAACCAUGUGGAGAAAUAUAUUUUCAAAUUAUGAGAAUGACUUGUAUUUGGGGGAUUUUACAUUUAUCUUAUAAGUACUCUUGUUUUGGAGUAUUGUAAUGCUCACUGGUGAUUGUAUCUGUGAAAGUGAAUUAAACUGACACAGUAGUAUUAAAAAGUCAAGGAGGAUUGGCUCAAUAUUUUCCAACAAUGAAAACUCCGAAAUGUCGUUAUUAUCUUUAAAUUAUAACCGACUAUAAAUUCA